AUGUUACAUGACAGGAAAUGUUUGACCGACAGAUAGAGGAUUUAGGUUGAUCCAAUAUCCUUUUACAUUUGGCAUAUUAUCUCCGAAUAAAUAUAGAUAUUCGUCUAAUACAUUUUUCGAGCUGCUAAGUUAAUUUAAAUAAGCAAGGAGCAUAACACUUUAUUAGAUAAACUUCCUGAUCAAUUAAAAAAAAUUAUUAAUUGGGAAGAUGACACUGAUAUAUAUUAAAAAGUAUGCAUUAAGCUAGAAGAAAUAUUGCAAAUUGAUUUUAAAGAAGAUAAGCAAUUUGCUAAUAAAAUUGAAGAAUUAAGAGAGAUUGUAAAAAAAGAAUAUGAAAAAGUAAAUUAAAUUAGUAUGAAAGUUCCAAAGCGUUAAUACAUCCUUUUCUUUGCACUAUCGAGCUUAAUAAGAGGAUAAAUCAAAUUAAGUAAUAAAUAUGAGUGAAAAUACAUUUCUUUAAGACAUAAGUUAUAUCUAAAAUUUAGAAAGAAAAUUGAAAUUCAAGGAGUAGAUUGUGAAACCAACCAAAACUUAUUAUAAAUAAUAUUCAAGAGUAUAAACAAACAUAUUAAAUAAAAUCAAUAAAAUAGCUUCCUUCAAAGAUGCCAGGUUUUAAAAGCUUGAAAAAAUUAGAUAAGUAACCUAUAGAAUUUUAUACAUAGAUUGAAAGCGCGAUUGAAGAAAAAUUAGAAUAAAUUCAUUCAAAAUUGCUUGAUUCAUCUUAUAAACUAAGACAAUUAAAUAACACUCAAUCCUCAAAGCACAUUUUAGUUAAGAAAUUAAUAAAUCCUGUUUAGAUUAACAAUAACAAUUCAUAGCGCCAAAAUUUACAAAAAUUAAUAGAGACCAAAAUCUUCGGAAAUGUAAAGUAAAAUUAAACUCGGUUUAAAAUUAAUAUAAGUGCUAUUUAAUAAAGAACCUAAGCAUCUUUGAGACUAGAUUAAUAAAUAAAAUCAAAUUAAUUAUCUCAAGAAAAAAUAGAAAAAGCAAAAAUAAUCUAAAAUUAUUUUAGAAAAUAUCUAUAAAAUAAAAAAACGAUUAAUAUAAUUACUAAAAAAUAGCCAUCAUAGACUAGAAUUCAUAAUUUCCAGUUAGAUUUAAAGAGAAUGGCAAGCUAAUCCAAUCACUCUUCAAAUAGAACAGAUAGAUAGAAGUAAGGUCUUGUUAUGAUAACAAAAUAAAACAUGCUUUCAUUUUUAUAAAGGCAAAAAUCUUUUAGCAAGCAAUCUUAUCAAGAAAAGCUUUAGCUAGCAAAAUAAAAAAAAAUUUAGUAAGCCAUUCAAUCAAAUGAUAUCAAAAUUAUUUAAAAUUCUGGAUUUAAUUUUGGUUUGGAUGAUUACAAUGCUAAAGAUGAAAUUUAAAAUACUCCUCUAUUUUAUUGUGCAAAACAUGUAAAUCAAGUUUGAUUUAGAAUCUCUAUGAAUUAUGCCAAUUUCUGUUGCAAAAUGGUGCAAACCCUAACAUAAAGUGUUCUUAAGGACAAACUGCCACCCAUUAGGCCUGUGUAUCAAGGAACCCUAACCUAAUGAAUCUAUUUACAUUUUAUGGUAAUAAAACAACAACAAUAUUAUAGGUGCUGAUUUUAAUAUGCCUGAUGAUUAUGGGGUUACUGCUUAAGCAAUAAUUGAAAAAGAAAAGAUUUCAUCUAAGAUAAAUGAAAAGGAUUUAAAACUUUAUCCAUAUAAAGUUAGCUCCCCAAAGUUUGAUGAAUUCUUAGUAAUGUGA